AUGAAGCUUCAUGUUAUCAUAAUUUCGUUACUAUUGGCCCUCAUAUCCGCGAGGGAAGCAGUUCCUGUGGAGUCAUACAUUUUGACGCUAGAGAGCCAACCCCUUUCAAUUGAAAAGACCUUGACAGAUCUUCAAAACGUUGUCAAAAGCGCAGGCGGAAAGAUCACCCAUGAGUAUUCUUUGAUUAAGGGGUUUUCUAUGGAGGUUCCUAAGACCACAGCGAAAUCCAUUCUUAAACAUCUAGAAAUGGUGGCUUCCAGGGCAAGAUGCAAACUGAACUUGGAACCUGAUCAAGAGAUACACGCCAACAGUGUACAUGGUCUUUGA